UCUUUUCCUGUCCCUCCUCGUCUAUAAGGACAUGAUCCCCAGCAGAGGGAGGACAGUCAGAAUCAUCGUGAAGCAGUCUGGACCUGAUCAUGACCGGGAUGUUUGGGAAGGUAAAGCCAUGUGCUGAGUGCAACCUGGUUCUGCUCGGAGCAAUGGGCUGUGGAAAAUCAGCUCUCACUGUCAAGUUUCUCACAAAGCGCUUCAUCAGUGAAUAUGAUCCUUAUCUUGAGGAUAUCUACUCAUCAGAUGAGCUUGUGGACCAGCAGCCUGUUACAGUUCGAGUGAUGGACACCAGUGACCAGGAGGGUCCAGUGAAUUGUGAGCGCUAUCUUUCGUGGGCCAAUGCCUUCCUGGUGGUCUACAGCAUCAACGACAUGGAGAGCUUUAAAGGCUGCCAGCUGUAUCUGCAGACUCUCUCCAUGCAUAAGAACACCUUCAGGUCCCAGACGCCCAUCAUCCUGGUGGGCAACAAGCUGGAUAUGGACAGAUACAGGCAGGUGAGUCAGAGUGAUGGAGAGGCUGUGGCGAUUCGCUUCGACUGCUCCUUCUUCGAGGUGUCUGCCUGUUGGGACUUCCUCUCUGUGCAGCACAUCUUCCAUGAGGCAGUCCGGAGGGCCAAGCGAGGUGGCGAGCACAGCAACUUGCUCAGUGCUGCCUACGUCAGCGAGGACAAAGCUCUGCUGGGUGUCCACUCCUUCUCCACUCUAUGCUACAAGGAGCUGCCGGCGCCUGCCACCGCCAAGCUGGUCACGGUGAAGACAUCCAGAGCCCAGAGCAAACGGAGGGCCGCCACACUCACCUUGCUCAAGGGCUUUAAGAUCUUCUGACAUGUCUGCCAUCCAACUGUGACUUUAGAUGACUUUCAGACUGACGGCUCGGUGCAACACAGCAGAGAACAGAGCAGGAAGAAGAGCUGGUAUACUAAUAGGGUAUAUUUUUCCUUUGUAAGGAAAUCAAAGAUUCUGGUUCAUAAAAACCUUAUUCCUGGUUUGGAUCUGGACUUUGAACAACUCCUGCUGGGUUGUACUUCUCCUAAACGUUCUGGCUGUAUGCUUCAGUUGUUUGUGUCUGAUUCUGAUUUACCCAGGGCUUUUUGUCUCACCCUUCAAUCCCAACAGGUGGCAGAUCAGAAAUCCCUCAAAGGAAUCAGCCAUCACAUCCUGUAGACGGCUGUGUAAGACGUAAAGUCAUCCUCGCUCCUGUCAGACUGCACCAUGGCAACUGUAGCUACAAUGUAGCUCACCGCCAUCAGUGUGUAGAUGUGUGUGUGAAUGGGUUUAUGACUCAAUGUAAUGUGAAGCGAUCUGGGAUUUUCUCGACUAGAUAAAGCUCUAUACAAGUACAGGCCAUUUACCAUGGUACAAAGAAAAACACCAUCCCUUAAUGGUAAGGUUUAUCACAGCAAAAUAAAAUGACCUGGUUUUCAGCUGGUUCCAAAAUGACUUACAUUAUGCAGAAACAAAAAUUUUGCACUGUCAUCAGUUUGGGAACAAAGAUGAAGCUGUUCACUUAAGAACCAAGUGAUCAGUUUCAGCUUCUUCUGAGGUUUAAGAGGAAAGCAGCCAACAGAUCACAUUAUUGAACCAUAAACAGGUUCAACUACAACUAUAACAGCAGGAAUUUGGCUGUUUGGAGUUCAGGAACAUGCAGGCAAAGCAGCGCCAAGUGGGAAGGCAUCAGUACUGACCUCAGAGGAUAUUUCUGCUGCCUAAGAAUCUCCUGAAAUGUGUGACCAAAGCACACAGAAGUGUACGUUUUAGCAAUACUUUCACUCAUUACAUUGUUUCAAAAACCAUUUGUUAUUAAUUGUAAUAAUAUUAUAUAUUGCAACUACAUAUUUUCAAGAAAAAUGUUUUUUUUUCACCAUGUGCCUUAUUUAUUUGCUCUCUGUAACACAAAUGUUGAUUUUUAGACAUCUAGAGUUUUCUCUGGAAUGUUACUUUUAUUUUGAUACCAGAAAUAGUCAAAUACACUUUGUAGUUUCUGAGAUAUAUUGAAUCAUUUUGGGGCUUUCAUUUUUAAGAACUCUCCAAAAAAGAGGGGUUAGAUACAAGGGGUUCAGGGCUGAAGACGUUUUGCUUGUCAUGCCCCCUUUGAAGGGACUAAACAGAGCUGGUGUGAGUGUAGCCAUGGUCUUAUCAACAAUAGAAGAAACAAAAAACUGUAACUAUCUUUUGUUGCUUACAUAUGGUUGCUGAGUUUGUUGGUUGAUCUUUUCACUGUCAUUAUUACAAAGUUCUUCUGCCAUAACAAAAAUCUACCUGACCAGUGACAGAGGCCCAACCCAGUCUAUUACAAUCUGUAAGACAGAUAACACUUGACAAUUUAGAUAACUUUAGAUAGGCACUUCGGAUAGCACAUCAAUAAAUGGCUAUAUUCAUAUUCAUAUGGACCAGGACCAGGUCUGAAUUCAGCUUCAGACCUGGUCUCUUCUUAUCAGUUAGUGGCCUCAGUGCAAAACUAGAGGUUUUAUUCUUUGGCAGAGCCAGACUUUGAUUUAGGGAUUUCUCUCUUGUGCACAGGUUUAGUUUCCAAGAAAAGGAUGAAACUUCAGAUACCAUGAAGCAGGUUCAAGCUUUAGAUGCCAUGUUUCACACAAAAUGAUGACAUGAUUAAACCCAUUUCUUCUCCCUAGACUGGACUUUGGGUGACUGUGGGUCUGAGGACAGAGUAGUUGUCUUAUGAUUGGAAGGUUGUAGGUUUGAUUUCAGCUUCCUCCUGUCAAAUGUCAAUGAACCCCUGGGCACGGCACUUAAGUUGCCUACUGAUCUGCAUUCUGAUGUAUAAAUGUGUGUGUGAAUGAGUAAAUGUGACUCUAGUGUAAGUCACAUUUACUUUAGUGAUUAAAAUGAUUGGAGAAUCAGUUCAGUCCAUUUACCACUUAGGUAUAACCUUGUUCCAUUUUGGAAAAUGUUUCAGCAAAACAAGAUGGAAAAUUGAUUUAAGAACACAUUACAGCAAAGACAAAUACUAAAUGGAGACUUUAACCACUUACUGAUAAUGUUGCAGUUUUACUGUCAAGCAGAUUGUAAAUUGAUUUUGAAUAUUGCACAUACAAGUUACCAUAUACAGGAUGGAAAGUUGUGAAAUUAGACAUACUUUAGCUGACUCAGUCCAUUACAUGGCAGCAAAGUGGCAUAUUUAGUCCUUCUGCUCAGCCACAAAUGAGCAGUGAAAAUGAAUAAGAUGAGGCAGAAAGUACAAUGUCCCACUGAUGGUGGUGAGGCACUGAACCAAAUAGACACAAAACAACAAAUUAAAAAGACUGAAAGCAAUAAGAAAAGUACAAGAACACUCAGUGGCAAUAGAACUAUUCCAGAAUGAUUCUCAUCCAUGCUGAUCAGCUCCAUUAAAGCUGCCAGAUUUUUACAAAUGAAGGCAAAUGAACAAUUUUUGCAAAAGUGACACAAAUAUUUGUGGGAAUGGACUUUAUAUUAAAACAUAGUGAGAUCAUUUUAAAUUUUAGUUUAAAAGAAAUCAACCAAAAAAAAUCUAAUUCCAGUUUAUAUAAAAUAGUAUUCUGUUGUUCUUGCUAUAGUGUUGUUAUCAUGUAUAGAAUUGAUUAAAGCACAACUGAAAGCUUUUAAUACAACUAAAUGUUUAAGUUAAGGCCAAAAUAUGAGCUAAAUUUAAAUCUCAGCUUCUAUUUUGGGUUUUAAAUAUUUGUACACCUGACUCCAGAGGAGUCAUGAAUCUCACCGGAUGACACUGAUUCAUUCACCACCUUGGCUGCAUUAAGACCUGCAGUGGUUUCAGGUGAGCUUGUGGCAGCAGUCAUCAUUGGGUCAAGGUUACACAAGACAGAAACAGAAGA